AUGCCCGUCAACACCAUAAGUUUCGCCGAGCACAACGCUGCCUCCAAGUUCACCUCUUCUACCUCCACCACUAAACCAGUCUUCUUCUGGAAACCCAACAGCUACCUAAGCCAAUGGUACUGGAGCAAAUUCACCGUCGACGGCGACACCUACGCCACCGCCGAGAUGUGGAUGAUGGUACAAAAAGCACGUUUAUUCAACGACGAAAAAACAGCAAAGCAGAUGCUCGCUACCACGAAACCUCAUGAGCACAAAGCGCUGGGGAGACAAGUUAAGGGGUUCGAGGCGAGGGUCUGGGAUCAACAUAAAGUACAGAUUGUGACGCAGGGUAAUUACCACAAGUUUACCAUAAGCACGGAUGCGGAGAAUCUGAGGAAGAUGUUACUGGCGAUGGGAGAGAGGGAGUUGGUGGAGGCGUCACCGGUGGAUCGUAUUUGGGGUAUCGGGUUUGCGGAGAGGGAGGCGGAGAGGAUGAGGCAUAAGUGGGGGCAAAAUCUUCUGGGGAAGGCGUUGGUGAAGGUUAGGGGGAGUUUGAGGGCGGAGGCGAAGGAAAAGGAGGGGGAGAAGAAGUGA